UUUGAAUUUUCAAUUUUCAAUUUAGAGUUGAUUUUGGAUUUUUUUAUUGAAGUUUAUUUUUUUAGCAUUUGUUUUUAGAUCACUAUGAAGACGUGUAUAAAAAUUUUAUUUAUAAAUCAUAUUUCGUUUGUAAAUACGAUCGAGGCCGUAUCUUUGAGAGUUUGAGUUAUUUUAGAGACUGAUUGUGCGUCUAUGUGUUAAAAGCGAGGCUGAGAUGCCACGUGUGAGUACUAAAACGCGAGAGUUCUACUAGUCGAGUCGAGUCGAGCGGCAGCGCAGCGCCUCCGCCUCGGCAAGUCGGCGACGGUUGCCUGGCUGUUCCGCCUCCACCGCGAGAGGCUACGUCGGCGUCGCUCCGCGCCACCACCAACUCGCGAGGCCGCGACGCCGUCGUCCCGCUCCCGAGCUCGCUCCGCAAGUACGGCGACGACGCCCGUGGCGCGCCGACUUCCAUCUCCGGCCGCCAACUCGCGAGGCCGCGACGCCGUCGUCCCGCUCCCGAGCUCGCUCCGCAAGUACGGCGACGACGCCCGUGGCGCGCCGACUUCCAUCUCCGGCCACCGCCAACUCGCGAGGCCGCGACGCCGUCGUCCCGCUCCCGAGCUCGCUCCGCAAGUACGGCGACGACGCCCGUGGCGCGCCGACUUCCAUCUCCGGCCACCGCCAACUCGCGAGGCCGCGACGCCGUCGUCCCGCUCCCGAGCUCGCUCCGCAAGUACGGCGACGACGCCCGUGGCGCGCCGACUUCCAUCUCCGGCCACCACCAACUCGCGAGGCCGCGACGCCGUCGUCCCGCUCCCGAGCUCGCUCCGCAAGUACGGCGACGACGCCCGUGGCGCGCCGACUUCCAUCUCCGGCCACCACCAACUCGCGAGGCCGCGACGCCGUCGUCCCGCUCCCGCGUGCUCUCCUCCGCAAGUCGGCGACGACGCCCCUGGCUAAAGCAUAAUGUCGUCGACUCUUAACACCCUAAUAAGAACUUUCCUACGAGGGUUCUUUAGGGAAGUAAAAGAGGAAGUCAAAAACAACCCUGAUAUUGUUCGAGAGGUGUUUGAGAAGAAAUUUCUGAUGAGGGAAAGUUGCCACUGCCAAGCGCUGAUGAGGCUCUUCAGCUGCCUGAGGAGGUUAUUCAGCUGCCUCCCGAGGUGCUUGAGCGAAUUUCUAAUGUUCUUAAGGAAACCAUCCAGACUACUCCGAUGUCAGAGAACAUUGAGCUUAUUACUCCUUCAGAGAUCACCACUCUUUUAGAGAGUACCCUGCUCACCACUCCUUUACAAAGAACUUCAUCAACACCAAAUGACUGCAACACUAUCAUGCCUAUAUCUCUAUCUGUGUACUCAAGUCAGCACAUUCUUGGCUUGGUCAAAGAGAUUAUGUCCGAUGUAAAAUUGAGACCCUAUAUCGUUGGAGCAGUCUGCGUUGUGGGAGUCAUAGUAGCCUAUAUUCUUUACAAGAAAAGAACAGCUGCUCUCAACAAUAGAAAUCCCAAUGGAGGGGACGACAUUGCUGAUGAUUUUUGGGGCAAUUGGCAUGAUGGGAACCUGGAGAUGUUUGAUGAUAGCAAUGACCAUGGUUCUUCAGACGAUGAAGGAGCCAUUCACGAUAUUGUUGCCAUUCCUGGAGAAGGUUUUCAAUUCAAUAUUAUUGCUAUUACUGGAGGAGGGUUCCAAUUCCUUGUUGAGGUAUUUGGCAGUGAUUCUUCAAACGAUGAAAUUCAGAAUGUUGCUAUUCCUGGAAGAGGGUUCCAAUUCCUUGUUCAGGUUGCCAUACCAGUCGCCCCCACAUUCAAGGUGUUCAUGGCAUUGACAAAGUUUGAAGGGUUCACUGCACCCCCUUACAGCCCUAACAAUAGCAAGAACCUUCCCCUAACAGCAGCCCUCCUCAAGUUUAUUGAUGCGGUGAAUCAAGGCUCCUUAGUGCCAUCAGUAGUCUUCCUCAAGUUUAUUGAUGCGGUGAAUCAAGGCUCCUUAAAGCCAUCAGUAGUCUUCCCCAGUUCUCAAAUUUCUGGAUUCAAUAGAUCAAGGCUCCUUACCACCAGUACCAGUCAUCCUGCAGUGCAUGAAUCCAAUGGAUCAAGGCUCCUUUCACUCAGUGCUUAGACCCCAGAAGCUGCGGCAUGCAGGAUAUAUAUAGCUAGGACCCGACCUAUUUGUCAUUCAAAGGAGAGGAAAUGUAGCAUAGAUAGAUAGCAUUGUUGGUUCGAGAGUUCAUACAUAUUUGCCGAUACUUGCUGAUUUGAGUGAAAGGACGAGUGAGAGAUUUGAAGAUGGGCUUCAGGUAACUGCCGAGAAACAAUCUGGCUUGUCUAGUUUCGAUUUGAUGAAAACUUCUGUUCCUAGCAUUCCUUCGUUUAACCCAAAUCAUGUCAAUAUCACUUGCAUGUUAUUGCAUUAACCUGCUGGUAGUUUUUGACC